CUUUCCUGAUGCGGCAAAUUUAAUCGCUGUGGAGUCAGUGAAGAAACGCUGGAGCAGAGCAAACAGCUGACUGUACCUCUGUUGAAACUCCAUCAUCCAGGACUGUUCACCAGCAACCAGUAUGGAACUCGAACUGAAGAAUGUGGAUUUGAGAACCGGAGAUGAGUUGAAAAUAAAAGGGGUAAUUCUGCAUGAUGCAGAGAGAUUCCAGAUUGAUCUCGGCUGUGAUGCAGAUGACCUGGCACUGCACUUCAAUCCUCGGUUCCAUGAUGACACUGAUGGUGCUGUGCUGGUGUGCAACUCAAAGAUUGCUGGUUGCUGGGGCGAUGAAAAACGGGAAAUUCACAACCCCCUACAGAGGGGUGCUGAUGUCAAGAUUGUGUUGAAGCUGGCUGAAGACACGUUUGAGGUGGAACUUCCUGAUGGACAGGAAGUCCAGUUUCCAAAUCGUGUUGGUAUGGGUACCAUCAGCUACAUCAGAGUCACAGGGGACUUCAAACUGAAAUCCUUUAAGAUCUGCUAA